GUAUUUGUGUAUAUAUAUAAAAAUAAACUUGCAGAAAACGCAAAGAGAAGUGGUGGGAAGAGAGAAAAACAUGGAUGAUUUAUUACGUUGUUGUUAUGGUUUUGGUUUUGGAGCAUCGAAAACGUUUGCGCUCUUCUCUAUCUUUUUGUUAAUCUCCAUAGCCAACGCGGCUUUCAGCAAUCUGACCACCAUCCCUUUCAACCAAGGCUACACUCCUCUCUUCGGUGACGGCAACCUUGUUCGCUCCCCCAACGGCAAAGGCGUCCGUCUUCUCCUUGAUCGCUUCACAGGUUCGGGCUUCAUCUCCUCCAACCUAUACAAACAUGGGUUCUUCAGCGCUAACAUCAAGUUGCCAUCAGAUUACACGGCCGGCAUCUGUGUUGCCUUUUAUACAUCAAACGGUGACGUAUUUGAGAAGAGCCAUGAUGAGUUAGACUUCGAGUUUUUAGGGAACCUUGAAGGUAAGCCAUGGAGGUUCCAAACCAAUUUGUACGGUAAUGGUAGCACAAACCGCGGCCGGGAGGAGCGGUAUCGUCUUUGGUUUGACCCCUCCAAGGAGUUCCACCGAUACAGCAUUCUUUGGACUGCCAAUAAAACUAUAUUUUAUAUCGAUGAAGUUCCAAUAAGAGAGGUGGUGAAAAAUGAUGCAAUGGGUGGUGACUACCCAUCAAAGCCGAUGUCACUGUACACAACCAUAUGGGACGCUUCAAAUUGGGCCACGUCGGGAGGUAGAUACAAAGUGAAUUACAAGUAUGCACCCUUUGUAGCCGAAUUCAAGGACCUUGUCCUAGAGGGUUGCGCCACGGACCCAAUUGAGCAAGUCUCGGCUGCUGAUGUUUGUGCUGAAAAGGAUGCUUACCUAGUCAGCCAAGACUAUGCAAUCAUGACACGUAAGCGCCGCCAAGCCAUGCGGUGGUUCCGCCAAAGGUUCAUGUAUUACUCUUAUUGCUAUGAUACGUUGCGUUACCCCGUGCCACCACCCGAAUGUAUCAUUAGUCGAGAUGAGAAGCAGCGGUUCAAAGACACUGGAAGAUUGAGAUUUGGAGGGAGCCACCACAAACAAUCAAGGCAAUCAAAGCGGCGAAGUCGGACCCCAAUUUCUUCUUCAGCCUCUAAUAGUAAUAUGUGAUCAUAUCUACUAUUGAUAUUGUAAUUUAAAAUGUACUUAUGGUACGUGUUGGUUUUGUGAAAUUUUAUUUAUAAUGUUUAUUUAUUUAUUUAUUUCACUAAAACAGAUUAAAUCGUUAUGAAGUU